CGCGGGCGCGCCGCGCUCCGAGCCAGGGGCGGCGGGGCUGCGGGCACGGCGGAGCGGCAGAUAUCAGCUACUGACCAUGUCAACAGAGUUUCAGGAUGCUCACCUUGCAGAGGUGAAGCCUCUGGUGGAGAAGGAGGAGGCUAUCACUCGCCUCCUUCCAGACUUCGAUGUUCAGGAGCAGGACGUGGAGACGGUGCACGGCUCGGUGCGUGUCACCAUGUGCGGCACCCCCCGGGGGAACCGCCCGGCCAUCCUCACCUACCACGACAUCGGCCUGAACCAUAAAACUUGCUUCAAUCCUCUCUUCAACUUUGAGGAUAUGCAGGAAAUCACCCAGCACUUUGCAGUCUGCCAUGUGGAUGCCCCUGGUCAGCAGGAUGGAGCACCAUCUUUCCAGGCUGGGUAUGUGUAUCCCUCCAUGGAUCAGCUGGCUGAAAUGAUUCCUGGAAUCCUGAAACAGUUUGGGCUGAAGACCAUCAUAGGAAUGGGAACUGGAGCUGGUGCUUACAUUUUAACCAGAUUUGCUUUAAACCAUGCAGAGAUGGUGGAGGGAUUAGUUCUCAUUAAUGUAAACCCUUGUGCUGAAGGUUGGAUGGACUGGGCAGCAACUAAGAUUUCAGGUUGGACAAAUGCUUUGCCAGACAUGGUCAUUUCACAUCUAUUUGGAAAGGAAGAGAUUCACAGCAACCAUGACCUGAUCCAUACUUACCGUCAGCAUAUCAUUAAUGAUAUGAAUCAAACCAACCUUCAUCUCUUUGUCAACUCUUACAACAGGGUUGAAUGCAACUCAAAGCUGGACCCAACAAGGACCACACUUCUGAAGAUGGCUGACUGUGGUGGGCUCCCCCAAGUUUCCCAGCCUGCCAAGCUUGCUGAAGCUUUCAAAUACUUUGUUCAGGGAAUGGGAUACAUGCCCUCCGCCAGCAUGACCCGGCUGAUGCGCUCCCGCACGGCUUCCGGCUCCAGCGUCGCCUCCCUGGAAGGACAGAGGAGCCGCUCCCACACCGGCGAAGGCACCAGGAGCCGCUCCCACACCGGGGAGGGGACGAGGAGCCGCUCCCACACCGGGGACGGCUCCAGGAACCGCUCCCACACGGACACGCGGAUCGAGCUGACGCCCAACUCGGCCAGCGGCGCCGAGCAGUCCAGCCCCAAGUCCAUGGAAGUGUCCUGUUAGAUGGCUCUGCAGGUUUUCAGCUGGUCACAGUGCGGAAAAGUAAUGGAUGCCCCCUGUGUGUCACAAAACCAUAACUGGUAUUAAUCUCUAGCUAUUCUGUAGGAUGAACUCUGUUCACCAGGGUCUGAGAGGGACCAAAGAAAAGAAGCAUCUCAUUUGCUCUAUCAUCAUUCUUCUAUCUCAGACAGCUGCUGCUAUUGUGCCCUCCUUCAGUGGAUGCCAAAUUCUAAAGGAUAUUUGCCAAAAGCUGAUGUGGUUGUAAACACUUCAGAAUCAAACCAGAAUUGCUCAUACCCUCCUUUAAAAUCAAAGCUGUUACAGGCCCCUUUAUCUCUUAUUCUCUUGAAGUAAACUGGCACAAUUUGAGAUGAGUUUCAAAGUGGGGGAGAAACAAAAAAGAACUUUUAAGGAUGACUUUAAGAAAAGGAAAUGAAACAAAUGUGCUAUGGCCUCAUGUUGAAGCUGGAGUUGAAUUCAUUGUAUAUAGCUUGACUUCAAAUGAUAGAAAAGUUAACGUAUCGUGCAUUUAUAGGCCUUCUAAUUCAUUAGUAUGCAAGCCUGUUUUCCUAUGUACAAUAAUAUACUACUAAAAUAGGCAAUUUUAAUGUGACUUUGAGAUGAACUAAAUCUUUAAGGUUUUUCAUUUCACGUUUUUGAGAUUUAGUUCCAGUCUUCCUUUCCUUCCCCCCUCCUAGACCCUAAAACCUGCUUAGCCAAAUGAAGACGGGAUUUAAAUUUGGUAAGCAAGGUAGAAUUUCCUCUUUGGGAACUUGGGCCAAAGGGUUUACCAAACUGCAGAAGUUGGUGUAGUUUGUAACAUGUAGGGUAGCUGUACAUGCCAGCUAAGCAGAAACAGCUUGGUAUUUCCUUCAAAAAAUUUAUCUUUGCAGCUCAAGUUUUUGGGGUUUUUUUGUGUCCAGCACAAUUGUGAUAAAUUUGGAAUUCUGUAAGCAAAGACAGAUCCAGCUGUUCUCUGUCAGGAGAGAUGAAUAACUGUGGGAUGGGCAUGUAAUUAGAUACUGUACAUUCAACUGCCACUAAUUACUAGAUUUGAAACUGAUGAGAACUCCCUGGUGCUGAGAAGUGUAUUCCACGAGGUGGUGGAGCAGCAACACUGUAUCUCUGGAAUACAGUGUCUAAUGACUUUGUACAUGUCAUGAUCUGCUGGUUCUGCAUCUUUUACAUAGCCUUGGGUUGCUUUCUUUGAACCUAGUGGCUUGAUACCUUUCUGCCACUCAGAAUGUCACAGUUGGGUGUUCUUAAGUUUGUCCUUCCAUGGCUAGUGGGACAGGACUUCCAGAGCUCCAGUGCAUACCUGCUGAAUUGCAGUCCUCACACAGGCAAAAAGCUCAAAGGGCGAGGGGUUAAAUAGCAAAUGUUAAUACUUUGGGAUUGCUUGUUCUGAAGAACAUCAUCUAGGUUACUUUAUAUUGACUAACUUCAGCUCUUGUGUAGAAUAUCCAUAACAUUUUGUGGGAAGAACAGACAAUUUCCAGAAAGAAUAAAGCUAUUGUGUAAAGUCUAUCAAGAGAAGUUUCUUAAUGAAGUAUUUGUAUUUAUUUCAAAACAAAUAAAUUUGUAACUUUGCAA